CCCAAAUCCAGAAUCCAACCAUCUUUUCAAUCUCCUGCCUUUCUCUGUUUUCAAUGGUCUCAUCUCCAGCUUCAUUGUCGUCCUCUCGAGGUCUUUUUCUUCUUCUAUGCUUCGUCGGAGCAAUUGAUUAAUCUCGGUUCGGAUCAGUAGCGCCGCCGCACCUCACAUUUCCAGAGACAUCGAAAUCUUUUCUAUGCAUGGCGCUCACACCACUCCAUUCCAUAACUACAUCGACACUCUUCCCACCAAAUAUUUCCACUCCGAAACCAUUAAGAUCUUGUGCUUUGAUCACCAAGGCAAGAACCAGCAACAAGCUCCGGAAUGAUAGAUAUUUGCAUAUGCCAAUAAAGACUAUUUUCAAAGGUUUUCCUGUCAAAUCUUGCGAAUUUACGAUAAAGGCACAACAUUUAAGUGGCUUCACUCAUGGGGGAGAGAAAGAAAAAGAAGAAGAAGAAGCGCCCGAAGUUGAGAAGGCACGACUGCAAAGCAGUAUGCCUGAAAGAUUCAGGCAUUUGAACAAAGAAGUUCCUGAAGAACCUGUUAGGUGGCCUUGGCUCAUCGUGCUGGGAUUCAUGCUCUAUGCUUGGAGAAGUGUUUUGUGGGAACUUUCUAACUGGGGAAAGGCUGCUGGGGCCAUUGGUCAUUUCUUAAAAUACAUCUUAAAAUUUGCAUUGGCCCUUGUUUUCGGUGUUGUUGGAGAUCCCAUCACUUAUUUAAUAAGAGGAGUCGAGACACUGUUGUACACAAUCAGGGCUUGCUACUCUGGUGUAAUUGCAUAUGCUCCAAUUCCCGAGCUGACGCUGAUCAUCAUACUUGCCUCUGCCAUACUUGCGGUCGGUGAGGCUGCUGUUCCGGAUGCUGUAAGCUCCCAGCCGCAUCUGCUCACAUUGGCUGGCAUAAUCGGGUAUUCCGCUGUUGCAAAUUACAUCUCUGAGCUAUUCUUCUGGAUUCUACUCGCGGGUUUGUUUGGGUAUGCAAAGGUAGUCAAGAAAAAAGACAAUGUAUCUUCAGCAUUGCCAGUUGCAGCUGUUUUAGCAGCUGUGGGAGAGCCUUGGGUGAGAGUAAUUGUGAUAGCAUCCUAUACAACCUUGGCAAUCUUUCAUCACUUUUCUAAUUCUGCUCGGGAUUUAGAAGAAGAAGAUAAAGAUGGGAGAGGCGUGCGCAGAAUUCCAGUACCUCUGCUGUGUGCUGCAUUGGCAAUCGGCACCCGAAUUGCUGCCAAAUGGGCUGGCUACCGGCAUCUGACAUGGAUGAUUGUUUAGCUGGUUCGAGGAAUUAGUUGGUUUUCUUUUGUGGUCUGUGAUCUUUUUGAGGCGGCCAUGUUUUUGUGGAUAAUUACAUCUCAAGUCCAUUUCUACCUGUCAUCUGUUGCUGGAAAUGGUUUGAAAGAGAGCCUGCAGGUAUUUACUGUUCCCAUUGCUAUCUAUGCUGUUUUUUACCCUUUACUUUAGGGAGACACAAUUAAAAAUUACUUGCCUGCAUUGCAAUUGCGUGGUAAGAACUUUGAUCAAGUGAAGGAUAGACGGGUUGCGUACAAUGCAUGCAAUUAUAAGCUGAUUUCUUUAAAUAUUAUCGAUUAAGAGUUUCCAAAAAACAUAUUUGUCCUAUUUUGUUGGUCCAUUAUUAUUAUUUUUAUUUUCGUC